AGCGAAUAAUAAAAACAACAAUGAAAGUGAAAUAUAAAUAAAUAUAUUUAUAUAAAAAUAAAUUUGUUUAUUUUGUAGCAAGCUAAAGUGAAAUAAGUUUUAUAAAUUUUAAUACAAAGUUGAAAUAAAUUACAUUUUAUAUUUUUAAACCAUUUGUAGAUCGUUAAAGUUUACAUUGUGUGGUAAUUGUAAAAAAGAUUUAAUAAAUCUUUGAAUUGUAACGCCACAAAUGUGUUCUAAAUCUUAAAAAUCACGUACAAGCAUUGUUAUUAUCAUCAGUGAAAUCUGAAAAAAGUGUUAUCACUGAUGAAGACGUUGGAGUGAAGAUGGAAUAUAACAUUGAAAAACAGAAGCCUCUGAAGUUGCAACCAAAGGAUGAUCAACUACAUUGUAUGGAAAUUUACAUAAAAGAAGAACCAGAUGAAGAUUCAGAAUGCAAAUCUGAAUCUCUGUACACAUGUGAAUCCCCAAGAAAGACUGACACAUUUGAAAAGCAAGAUAACCCAAGAACAUUGGAAGGGAAUGGUUCAAAAGAUGAUCAUGAGGAUAUUUAUUAUGCUGGAGAUAAGGUGGAAGCUGAACCCAGAUCUCGAGCUAGCCCGGAGCAGUUUGCGGCUUUGUGUGAAUUCAUGGAAUGGUAUGUUAAAUAAUAUUACUGCCGUCAAAUAGCAGUACCUGCGCCGUAUCUGUAGCCUCGUUGGCUGCUGGUUUCUAUGGUCUGCACUAAAAUUACCAUCAGGCUUUCAUGGCGAUAUAACCAGGCCCCAGCAAGGGCUUCAAGGCCGAAUAAAGGCUGACCGUCUGUGGCAGAAACUGGGAGAGUUACUCAACUCCAUUGAUGGAGGAGUAACUAAGCCAAUGGAAAAAUGGAAAAAAGUGUGGGCUGAUUGGAAAGCUAAGACAAAGAAAAAGGCAUUGGUAAUGCGCCGUGGGGAUAACGGUGGUCCCAACAGUAGACAAACACUCACUGCCUUGGAACAGAGGGUGUUGCGCAUAAUGGGACUGUCUUCUGUUGUCAGUCGAUUAGGAAUAAAAGAGGCAGGAUUUGACGACCAACCAACUGAGAGAAUCUCUCCACUGCCACAAACCAAUUUUAUACAGACGGAAUUUCGUACCCAGGUUUUGGCUACAGAAGACAAACAUACGAAUUUUGUUGCUCCACGUUCUGAUGAAGGGUCGGUAGCAUCUCCCGCCCCUGCCUCUGAGUUUCGAUGCCGUCCUCCAGAUGCACCACCAGCGUGGGCCGUCAGUACGACUGUGCCAGUGUCCACUUCGUCCACGUCUCGACGUCGGAGACUCCAUAAAGCUUACACACGAAGGACACAAACUCCAUUCGAACGCGCCACGAGUGCGUUUGUAGACAUCGAGCGACGCCGCACGCAAUUGGACGAAGACCGGGAAGCCAAUCAUCACGAGAGGGAGAUGGAGAGACUUCGAUUGGAGUCCAGAAGGAUUCAAAUGGAGGAAAAUCGAAACGCUAUUUUUAACCGUUUGGCUGAUAUCUUAGAAAAUGUUGCUGAAAUGUUGCCACAGUUAAAACCCUCGUCGCAAUCUUUGAACGAGAACCCCCCUUCGAAUUCCUGAAGCGGUGAUGUUGGGUUUAGUGGGAGUAACAGUUCAUAUCAGUCUUGUGCAAUUGUAAUUGAAGACUUUCCAGUGUUUAAAUGUUUACUUAAUACUAGUGGUGAUCAGAAAGUAAUGAAUAAUCACAUAUUUGCAAUACUGAUAACCAACCGGCUCAUGGUCGUGUGGCGUAAGAAUCUACGACCCCUUUUUUGCACCAUUAUUUGAAGAAAAGUGGAAAGAGGAGAAAGGCUUCCAGUUUCCGGCACCCCUUUAAUGAGGCAGUGGUGCUAAGAAUCUCCCGAAGCAAAACCAGCGACGUGGCUCGCCCCGUUACGUUCUGUCUCACGGUGGUGCAUAAAGUGGAUUGCGGAGCCCAUUUGGUUAUGCUGAAAGUGAAAAUGUCUGCAGGAAUUAAUGAAGUAUACAAUGAAUAAAGGAUGUACUGGAUGUAUGGUAAACAAGUAGAUGUGUUAUGCAUAAAUGAGAUCAAACGAAAGGGAGAGGAUAUGCACUGCACACGGCAUGCAUACCGCAGAGGUUUGCGGCAUCGAACAUCUGUGGUUACUACUUCGUUAAAACAAAUAAGAAUGGAAAGAUACAAGAUAAAGGUGUGCAUUUCUGUACCUAUGGUAUUUUUUUUAGAACUGCAUUUACAAACAAACUUACCUUAAGUAUCUAAGUGGUUAUUGCAGUCCAUCGCCACAUAAUUUCAAUUGUAAUUUAUCACCCAGAGUGCAGUUAAUAUAAUCUACUUCAUGCCAAGUGAUUUAUUUUUACGGAUGUAUUAUAAUAUAACUUUGAAAGUAGCAAUCAAACACAAAAAAUGUAACAUUCCAAACCUUUACGAAUAGAUUGUGCCUUUGAGUGCGUGUGAUAAUUAUUUAUUAGAAUUAAACAUUUAAAAUACAAAAAGUACAUGAAAAGCAAGAUAUAUUUUAUCAUAGAUUCGAUAGCGUUUAGCCGCGGCGCUUAUGGGCUGCGGGUUCACAUCCCCCACAGAGCAUAUAUUUGUAUGGCCUACAAAUUAUUUGUUACACGUCUGGAUUUACCUUAUUAUUAUAGUUGGUCCGUGUUAUAUUUAUGUAUGCAAAACGCUUCUUCACGACACAGGAGAAAAUCCUAGAAUAAUGUUGUUUUUUUUUUUAAAUAAACAUAUUUUUCUAUAUCUGUCAUUUUAUUUUACUUUCAAAAAUAUAAUAGAAUAAACAACUGUGAUGUGAAAAAAUAAUACCAUACUGUAAUCAUAAGAAGAUUAAAUUUGAUUAAAUAUUUGAAUUCGUGAUUUGCAAUAAGAGUAUCCACGCCACUAGAAAGUGAGGUAUAAUAUUUGACAGAUUUCAUAGUGGAGAAGUUAAUUUGUUCGGAAAAUGUAAAAGUUAUUGUUUCUUUUUGUACUAUUAGAUAUAUUUUAUAUUAAUGACAUUAAAAAUAAAUAAACCAAACCACAGAUAUUCAUAAAAGUAGAACAAUUAAAAAAUAGUUAAAAAUGUGCAAGAAAUUAAAAAGCAAACCACUGACGCAUUGUUCUGUGUAUUAAUAUGAUACUCUGGAAACUGAUAAACUUUUAUUAAAAAACAACUUCUCAAUUAAAUUACAUUGUGUAACAAAAAACUUUACCUCAGUGUCAACUAGCGACAUCUGGUGAGCAGAAAAUUAUUAGCCCUCAUUGGUCUGAAUAUAAAGAUAUAUAGAGUUUGGUUAUAAAUGUAAACAUUAAACGAUAUAAAUGAGCCUGUAAAAAUCAUAAGAUUUACUAUUUAUUAUUUAUUAAUUGAUUGUAAACGCAUAUAUUUACUGUUUAUUUGUGAGAGGAAAGAAUAAACUUUUUAUUAUUUUGU